AUGUUUUCGCUAGGUGCGAGUGUAGCGCCUGCUGAUGUGAUCGCAUUACGGGACAGAAUUCGGGAAGUCCUUUUCUUCUUCUCCGAUAUCGGGACCGAUUUCGUUAGCAAGAAAAUCGCCUACCGUCAGAGGAUGAUUAUUCAGGCCCAGAAAUAUGCGCGAGGCUGGCUGUGUCGGCGAAAAUGCAAGAAAGUGCUGGACGUUCUACGACAGCUGAGAACACUGGCGGCUCAGCUGGAUAGUGUGAAGGCCCAGUAUGAAAAUCUCAAUGGAUACAAGGGCACCGGAAUGGCAAAUAUCGCGCAACUGCAGCGUCAACUGAAAAACUUUGACAAGAUCAAAUACAGCGACAUCGAGGAUUCUCUGGCCAAACUAACGGCUAACGUAGCCGACGUGCAGGCUGAACUGAGGAAGCACCAAGAGCUGGAGCGGCAGAAUGAAGUUGAACGGCAGGCGAGCGCGAAAGCGAAACUGGAAGAGGAGGAAGAGAAGAAGAAAUUAAUGGCGGAGGCUGCACAAAAUGGCCUUUCGUAA